AUGUCUGUGAAGAAAGGACGAAGUAAAUCUUUGGCUGAGCAAAUUGCCGAGCUUGAGGAUCCAACACCAAAAGAUUUUGACCCAGAGGAUCAGAGCGAUGGCGCACAGGAUAGUGAUGGCGAAAGCGUUGGUGAUGGCAAUAACUUGGAAACUGGGAGAGAGCAUUAUGAAGCCGUGAGUGAGAGUAAGCUGCGAAAACCAGCUCAGGUUGAGCUAGGACGCGAGUAUGCUGGAUCACGGGUUAGUCGAAAAGAGUUGAAUGGAUAUAACUCCGGCGCAUCUGGCUCUUCUGAGGAGGACGACUGCGAUAGCGCAGGUUCCGGCACUGAUGAAGGGAUGUCAGUUAGCGAAGAUGAUGAGGACGACAGCAUGAGCGAAGGAUCUGAGAUGGAUGAUAUGGAAUCAGAUCAAGACAAUGAGUCCGGCCCCGACAUUACUGAUGAAGAUGAGAUCGAAGACAUGACAACAAAGAGGUCGAAAACACAGCCCCAGAACUCAGGUGAUAAGGACCGGGAAGAGCUGAGACGGUUAAUGGCCACUGGAGACAAGAUCGUGACCGCAUCUAUAUCACAAGCCGCCAAAGCUGACGCUAUCAAGGGAAUCGCUGUUAAGCAACAGAGGCAGACAUUCGACAGCUUGUUAAAUUCCCGGAUUAAGCUGCAGAAGGGUCUUACUGCGUUGAAUGGCAAAUUUACUCCCUCAAACGAGAAUGAAGAACUGAUCAAAUCUGCCGAGGCCGCUGCAUUGUCGCUAUGGAAUACUUUGGGCGACCUCCGACAGACCCUCUCCGACCACCACGCUGCAGGCAGCGCUAACCCAAUGAAACGUAAGAGACCUACACAUGCGACGGUAGAGACAAGUUCAACAGACCUAUGGAACCAGAUGUGUGAGCUUGAGGCGCAAUCACUCUCCCACCGGCGUGGAGUGCUUGAUAAAUGGUCCCGAAAAGUUCGCGGAUCACGUAGCAGCACGCUAUCUAACAACAACCGAGGAAAGCUAUUAAACACCGGAUCGGAAGAGCAGAGCAUGACCACUGUUCUAGAGGCAUAUGUGGCAAAGGAGAGUAAAAAUGAUAAGCCGGCUACUUCUGCAGGGGGGCCCGGUCCCGGAGUAGUCUACGAUGAUACGGCAUUCUACCAGUCACUUCUCCGCGACCUGGUCGAGCAGCGAAUGUCGACAUCUGCUAACGGUGGUGCUAUCUUUGAUUCGAUCUCGGCUCAGCUACCCCGGAGUGGGACUACGAAUCCUAUUAGUGGAAUGCGCAAGGAUAAGGUGAAGCGGGCCGUGGAUACAAAGGCCUCCAAGGGGCGAAAGAUGAAGUAUACGGUUCAUGAGAAGUUACAGAACUUCAUGGCUCCAGAAGACCGCGGUUCAUGGUCUAAUCGGGCUAGAGACGAGUUCUUUGCUUCAUUGCUGGGGCGAAGCGUAGGGAACGUGUUGGGCGAAGAUGUGGACAGUGGUAACGACAGCGAGUCUGCAGACGAUGAUGCCGAAGAAGGGUUAAAGUUGUUUAGAAGUUAG